AUGCCAUGGCAGAAGGUAUUUUCAUUUCAACUUUAAAUUACAAAGUACUUUUAAUUCACUUUGAUCAAGGGAGAAAACCUUGUCGACAAUGUUUUUUAGUGAAUAAACCAUGACUUUGAUGUCCCUUAAUUGAUUACAACCAUGUCCUGUGUAAAAUGGCCGAUAAUGUGAGAACAAUUUUUCAACGCCAACUAACGACUCCCUAAUGACCCAUUUACCGCUGUCCCAUGUGAUGAAUGGCAAAACUAUAAAUACAGGCCUACUAAUUGGCCUGACCUGCUGCCUUUGAAGGCCUAUAAAAUGUGCCAGGAGACAAAUGCAGUUUACCAGUUAGCAAGAUGGGGCCAACUAAAGUGCAAUUAUAUAGUUUUCUCACAAAGUUUACGGCUCUCAAUGGGCUAAAUACUUACUAUUUUCACUCAAAGAGCAGUGUGUUUAAGAGCAGCUUCAAGUUGAAAAUAUAUUGCCUUUUUCACCAUAUACUUUGCAUUUUGGCUCUGGGACGUAUGUUUUAUAAUACCACCGAUAAUAUACGACUAAGUGUGUCUAUUUUAACGAUGUGUGGUACAUCAGCCUGCUGUAUGCAUAUGUGCUGGCAGAGCAGUCAAGGUGUAAGGAAGUUGGUUAAUGGUUUGAUUCGAUUGGAGUUGAAAUAUUUCACUGGAAAACCAAGUGGAUCAUUUCUGAAGUUGAGAUUUUACAUGAAAACUAUCUUUUGUACUAUAACCCUUUUACGGAUUCAUCUAGUUUAUCCCAUUUACCUGAAGAGACUGCUGCCCUCACUGAUUUACGUGAAUGUGUUAUCUUACUGGUUGGUCUACAAUAUGCUUUUAGGAGCUGUUCUUGGUUUUUACUGCCUGCUUUGGCAAAUUUCUCGCCUUCAAAAGUUGUUAAAUGAUGAAAUGACAGAAAUUUUAACCAGAUCGAGGCAGAGAAAUCGCUUACAGAAGAUGCAGCACAGCCUUAAACUCUACUCAAAACUUCUUAAGCUGUGCGACCUUUUAAACAAUGAGUACGGUCAUGUUUCGGUGUGUGUUUUGGCCUGCAAGAGUUGGUUUCAAAUCACCUAUGGCUAUGAGAUAUACCAAAUGGUAGCCGCCCCAAAAACCCUCGACCUGAGCCUACCUAUGAGAAUGUUUGUGGUGAUCAGCUAUAUUUUGGAUGCCAUUAACUUGUUUGUAGGAUCUGACAUAGCCGAAUGUGUCAGCAUUUUUAGGGUGGAGACAUGGCGCAUUUUAAGGGAGACAAACCGCUUGGAUAAGUUGCUCUCCAUGUUCACCUUGAAGCUGGCCCUACAUCCCAAACGGGUCGUCUUACUCAACGUGUUUACCUUGGACUGAAAGCUGACUCUGUCGCUUAUAGCCAAGUCAACGCUGUACACAAUCUGCUGGCUGCAAGGCGACUACAACAAACUGAAGUCUUAG